AUGAGCCUUUACGACAAAACGAAGGAUGAAACCUUUGAAAAAGAGGCAUGGAGUGCGGCCCGAGCAGUAUUUUCCGGCAAUCAUGAGCCCAUCAACUACCAGCCCUUCCUCAAAGACUAUACGACGCCAGAAUCUGCGCGGGCUUCGGUCGUACAGGCACAGAAAGAAGCCAAUUCCGAAUACAAUGGCAAGCUCGGUGCCAUCCUUGACAAGGUCGACCAGUUUAUGAAAGUGGGAGAUCUGGCUAUCAAGUCGGCUCCUGAAAGUAUCGGUCUUGCCUGGACUGGCAUCAGACUCUGCCUCCAUUCCGUACAGGAUGAUUUCGCCACCUUCAGUCUCUUCUCUGGGGCAUGCGCAGAUAUCUUGGGAAUACUCAUCUCGUGCAGGGUGUAUGGCCGCUUGUAUGCGAGCCAGGACCACCCUCCAGAAUUUACCGAGCUUCAUGAGAAGGUUCUGGGCUACAUCAAGGACACCUACGUGAACAUCAUCGAGUUCUCGUAUCAGAUGUGGAAAUAUGCUCGAUCCAAUGCCGGCAUUCGUGUCAUCAAAGGCUUGUUCCGUAGUGCUCAGGGGAAAUUCCAGCCAAAGAUAAAGGCCAUUCAAGACAACGAAGUGCAGAUGAACAAAUUUGCCUCCCAGGCCAACCAGCAAGUCUCGCAGUACUACCAAAGGAAAGGGCUUGCCAAUGACACGACGAUGAUGAAGGGCCUGUCGGAUCAAAUGGAAAUGCUACAAGCAUUGCAAGAGGAAGCCGCCAAACAGAACCAGUUGAUGGAAGAAUGGAUCAAGAGGGACGAACUUCACAGACGAGAUCAACGUAUGACUGCGGCGGAGAUCACGCACGAAAACUGGGAGAGGCAAAAAAAGGAACUACUCUCUCUCGACGACAAUCAGCAAGUGCUGGAUUCGAAACUCGCUGCUCGCAAGCCAGGAACCUGUGGCUGGAUCUUAGAAAACACCAAAUUUCAAGACUUUAUCAAUGCCGAAGGUGGGAACGUUACUUGGCUGGUCGGUACCGGUGGAUCUGGAAAGUCCUUUCUCAUGUCCAUGGUCAUCCAAGAGCUGAAGAACAAGGCCCACCUGCACGACUCCCUCGUUCACUUCUUUUUCAUAUCUAAAGGCUCUCAAGCCACGAUGCAGGCUGAUCAGAUCGAGCGCCAUCUUCUUGCGCAGCUCUACCAAGACGCAGCUCAAUCGUUGGACGUCUUGGACAAGUGCAACAAGAUCAUGUCGGAUUAUAUCGAGCACUCAAAGAAGAGUACCAGCAAAACGGCAAGCAAGAAAGCGGGAGAUGGGCCAGCUGGAUUUGAACAGACCUACACCGCUCUUGCUAAGAUCAUCAACAAGCGAAUCUACCUCAUGAUAGAUGCCUUGGACGAGUGUGCCGAUAGAGAGACGCAAGAAUUCAUCCAAACGAUCAAGAAACUAGCCAGCACGCGGGGCCUGAAGAUCAACGUCUACUGCAGCAGCAGAGAUGAACCUGAUAUUGCUGCCGCCCUGGAAAAUUAUCCAAGAAUAAAUGUCGAAGAGAACAACUCAAAAGAUAUCGCCGAAUUUGUUCAAGCUGAGAUGGCAAACCUGCCAGGGUUCACGCCUGUAGAACGUGAAGAGGCUUGUCGAGAAAUCACGCAGAAAGCAGGAUGUUACUUCCGUUACGUCGAGCUGGCCAUGGAUUUCAUGCGUCGUCCAUGGCGAAGACCCUUGUCAGCCCAUCUAGCAUCGCUACCUUCGGGGGUUGAAAAUAUUUAUGCUCAGCGCCUCAACCAGACUAACCCUGCAUACUACGAUCUGCUCACUCACUGCCUCACCUGGACUAUCCUCGCUGGAGAGGAACUGAGUGUCCAAGAGCUCAUCGAUGGGUACAAGGGUAGUUUUAUGGACGGGGAACCGACGUCGGAGAAUGACGAUGACCAGGAGAAUGUGAACAUAGAACUUUACGAGGACCAGAUCAGACAAGCUGGAAGUGGAUUUCUCCGGGUCAAUCCCGACCACACCGUGAGCCUCGUCCACAACACUGUGCGCGACUUCUUCCUGCAGCCAGACAGCGUUAUCAAUGGGGCUGUACAAUCAUCGGGUGAGCCUGAAUGUGAGUGCGCUCGAUGCCAGAGAGAAUUGAAACACAGCAAAAAGUUUGUCGUUGUGGAAAGAGAAGGUCACAUGCAAAUCAUCACCACGAUCCUUCAGCACCUGCUAUCUCCGUCGUUUCAGCGCAAGUACUAUGUCAAACCACAAGAGGAACCGAAUGACAAGAAGACUGAGCAAGACACAGAGGAAGGUGAAGAUGUGGCUAGUGUCAAAAUCGAAAACGCCGAAGCACCAGGAGAGGCGGCAUCAGGAGAGCUGGCACAAACAGACGCUCAGGAAAAGGAUAUCCAGAGCAACGGUAUUGUGGCGCAGGAUCAAGGCCUUGUUGAUCAAACAGAUAUCCUCGAUGGCGUACAGCAAAUACCCGAGCCCAGCGGUGAGGACGCAACUAAAGAAGGGACAAACGCCCCUAGGGAGCCGUCAAGUAAUGGUGUGUCCGAUGACCUGGAUUCCAAGUCUGCAGUGCCAAACGGUGGUUCAGACCAAACACAUGAAGACGACGCCCCGCUGGACGGCGAGGGGCCACAAAACAACGACAAAUCUGGUGCAGCCCUUGAAGCAACAGAUACCCAGUCUGUGGCAGACUCCGAUGAGAACGUGGAUUUGACGGACCAGGACCAAGCUCGACUCUGGGAUCUGCAGUCAGAUCAAGAGAGCUGUCACCCUCGGUACGAAAUCUCGAGAUUGAGGUGGCAUUUGACGCAGCUGGAAGAAAUCUAUCCCGCCACAGAAAGGUCUGGCGAAGCCUGGUCCAAGCUACGCGAGCUCCUCGAAAGGUUCCUGGACCACGAGUCUGAGGCGUGGAGAGGUUGGGUCCGAACAUUGGCCGCGGCGGGUCUACCAGUUGACACCAUCGAAAUGUACACCGACGCCAGAGAGCUACAUCCUAUAGUGCUAGCUGCGUGCUGUGGCCUGACCAGCCUUGCACAUAUACUCUUGGCCCGGCCUAAUGCCUCGGAAUUUGUCAACCUAAGGGUGCCCGAGGGGAUGGGUGUGCUGUGCUUUGCAGUCUUUUAUCAGAUGUUAAUGCUGAAGAAUGUGGAUUCUUUUUACCUGGCCAUGCUGGAGGCGGGCGCAGAUCCGAACACAAACAACCAUUGGGGGGAAGAGGACCUCGGAACCGCGUUUCAUUUUCUUCUCUUGUCGGACACGGUGACCUUGGCGCAGGUCAAGAUGUUCCUCGCACACAACGCCGAUAUCAAUACACCGGACGAGACUGGAAACAAUGGCCUACACUUCUUCGCUCUUGGAGACGCUGGCAUGGAUAUCGGUGUGGCCCUGGUCCAGGCCGGGGCGGAUAUUCACCUCCGUAAUGGCAGGGGCGAGACCGUCAUGCAUCUCCUCGCCCGUCGGUACAACUGUCACGUUGACGCGAUGAAAUAUUUCAUUGAGCAAGGGGCCGAAGUCGACGCCGAGGAUGAGGCCUCAGUAAGGCCUCUGAGAGAAGCCGCCGAAGCAGGACAUGCUGAGGCGGUCAGAUUGCUGCUCGAACACGGGGCCGACAUUGAGGAUGUGAACGACUAUGAACAAACGGCACUCUUUGCUGCGGCAAUGAUGGGCAAAACUGAGGUGGUCAAGGUGCUUCUAGAUCAAGGAGCCGAUCCACUCAAACGGAACUCCCUCGGAGCCACCCCCUUCGGAAUGGCUUGCCGAUACGGCGACGCCGAGUCGUCUCUUAUCCUGGGAAGAGCCAUGGUGGACAAAGGAGAAGUCGAGCACCUCAAUUGGCAGAACACUUUUGGGAAGACGCCCAUCAUGAGAGCCGCCUCUCGAGGAAUUUCGGACGUGAUUGACUUUAUCCUUGAUCACGUCGACGCGCAGGCCGCUCUCACCACCGUCUCCAAGAAGGGCUGGUCGGCUCUGCACUAUGCGGCGCUCAGGGCGCGCCCUGAAGCGACAAUGACUCUGCUGAACCGUGGGGCCGAUAGUCAGUGUAAGGACUUGCAGGGUAAGACACCUCUACAGCUGUGUUAUGCAAGAAUCUGGACGAAACCGACUGAGGACCGAGAGAAAACGAUAUCUGCGUUGAUCGACCACGACCAGCAGGCGGCCAUUGCGGAGAUUGAGUUGCUUCACACGAUGGCGAUCAACGAUUCACCCAAGGUGGUGGCCAAGCUGUUGGAAUGCGGCGCCAAUCCGUAUGCCACGGACGAACAUGGCUGGAACGUUGUCCAACUUGCCGAGCAAUACGACCGACCGGACGUCGUCGAAGUGAUCAAGAACUCGAAGCUGGCGACGGCUAGUCGGCCUUCCAAGUUCGUAGGGUCUUUCUCAGCUGUGCUCGUCGGCUCUCCUUCUGGCUUGGAGAUUGAGCUGCUUCAGCGAGGCGGCGAGAUGGCGGCGACCGAACCCUUAUGCUACACGACCGACCAGUCAUUCGUCACCGACCACCCCAUCCCGGCCUCGGCGGAGCGGUAUUACUUUGAAAUGACGAUUGCCGAUCGCGAGGUCAAGGUCGACACGCCAAUGUUUGUGAUUGGAAUCACUCAAAAGCCCAUCGGAUCCACCAAGCAGUGGUUCCCGGGGUGGUCGAAACCGGGCACCUCGAGCUGGGGUUACCACAGCGACGACGGCAAGAUCUGGUGUGUCGCGGACCCUCCUAAAAUCAAGGACCUGGGUUUGGCGAGACAGUACGGGUACGGCGACACGGUCGGGUGUGGGAUCGACGUGAAGAAGCGCACCGUCUUUUGGACCCUGAACGGAACAAGGUUGAUGAAGGCCGGCUUCCAGAACGUCCGUGGUCAGAUCUAUCCGAUCAUCGGGAUCCGAGACCCGGGCAAAGUCAAGGUCAACUUGGGCCUUGACUUGAAGGAGGAGCCGUUUGUGUGGAAGCCUGGUACCACGUGCGACUUUGACAAAGACAUCCCAUCUCCGAGUCUGAGGCGGUUGAAAUCGGAUCGCUGA